AUGGAAGAAGUCAUUGACCUCAAAGCCGAAGCAUCGGACCCUCAGAUUGUCCAGAAAAUACUUGAGGAGGAGGUAUCCAGCUGGCUUGAAGAUCUCGAGGAAGGGGACCUCUAUUCAAAGAAACACUCUCGACGGAAAGAAAUUGAAACAGAAGAACAACGCGACGCACUCGACGCAACGACCAGGGGCAUUUGGAACUCACUGAAACUGCUAUGCUCGCAAACCGACAUCCAGGCUCUUGAACUACACUACUUUGAUACCAAACAGAAACAGGACGCUUUGAAGCUGGCUAUUGAAGAUGAACUGGUGACUGAAACCUUUUUAUGCACACUCAUCCGUCAGAAAUGGCCCUUGUGUCUAGAUGCCAAGCGAAAGAAAAUCAAAAGACAACAGAGAUCUAAGAAGGAGCCCUCGGAGCCACAGUGA